CAUUCUGACCUGUCGCUGUAGCAUUCUGUGAGGCAAGGGGUGAAGGAGAGCAAUGUAAGAGUCAGGCUGAAGGUGUGUCGGGGUAUAAGUAUAUCACAACGAAUUGGAUUCAUUCACUAGAAAAAUACAUCCACUAUGGCAAAUUAGUAUCCCUGUUAACACGGAAGAGACGCAAAGUCACUGUCGUGACCGCGAAGUUUUCAGUCAGGGGAAGGCAACGGUUAGCCUGGAAAGCUAGCUACUGUAGCUAACGCGUUACAUAUACUCGCUUUUGCUAGCAACUGACCUCCACCACAACACGGCGCAUUGGACUAGUGAUCAAUAAGUUACCCAUUCAUUGUCGUCAGCCCCCCUUGUCUCCUAACCCAAAGUGGUGCCCUGCGUCCGGGUCCUGGGAAUAUGAGACAGAAUGAGUCAGAGAGAUACCCUAGUUCAUCUGUUUGCUGGAGGGUGUGGGGGAACGGUAGGAGCCAUCCUGACCUGUCCCCUGGAGGUGGUGAAGACCAGACUACAGUCAUCCCACAUCACACUCUACAUGUCUGGGGUGCAGCUCAGUACCGUCAAUGGGCCCAGCGUAGCACGCAUGUCCCCUCCAGGACCCCUGCACUGCCUCAAGUUGAUUCUUGAGAAAGAAGGAGCACGCUCUCUGUUCAGGGGCCUGGGGCCUAAUCUAGUGGGUGUGGCCCCCUCCAGAGCCAUCUAUUUUGCUGCGUACUCCAGUACCAAAGAGAGACUGAAUGGAGUGUUUCAGCCGGACUCCACACAGGUCCACAUGGUAUCUGCUGGCUUGGCAGGGUUCACAGCCAUCACAGCUACCAACCCUAUCUGGCUCAUCAAGACUCGCAUGCAGCUGGACUCCAGGAACCGCGGGGAGAAGCCCAUGAAUGCGUUUGAGUGUUUGCGGCGGGUGUACCAGACAGAAGGCCUGCGAGGGUUCUACCGGGGAAUGUCAGCGUCCUACGCUGGAAUCUCGGAGACUGUGAUCCACUUUGUCAUCUAUGAGAGCAUCAAGCGGCGCAUCCUGGAGGCCAAGGCAGCGCAGCACAUGGAUGAGGAGGAGGAGACGUCCAAGGACGCUUCGGACUUUGUGGGGAUGAUGCUCGCCGCCGCCACCUCCAAGACCUGUGCUACGUCCAUCGCUUACCCCCAUGAAGUGAUCCGGACCCGGCUACGGGAGGAAGGCACCAAGUACCGUUCCUUCUUCCAGACUCUGACCACGGUGCCCAAGGAAGAGGGCUACCGGGCGCUGUACCGCGGCCUCACCACCCACCUGGUGCGCCAGAUCCCUAACACCGCCAUCAUGAUGUGCACCUACGAGCUAGUGGUCUACAUGCUGAAUGGUUAACCUCUGACCCUUGACCUACGACCCAAGAUGAAACCCCAGAGAGAGAUGGGCCGACGUUGAUGGAUGGCAUGAAGAGACCCCAGAGAAAUGAAACAGGAGAGGGACCAGGGACUGUCAUAUCUCCCACCUCCAGUCCCUCCAUCCUGUCUUUCGAAAACUAAAGCAAAUUGUCCCAAAAGCACAGUGUUUUUUGGGAUGGGGAGUUGUUUUCAGCGGUGCACAACACAGGAAGUGGGGUUGGUAGACAGGAAAUUAAUGUUUGUUUUGGGGAUAUGGUUUAAAGAUGUUUAAAAAGAAGCUGUCUCAUUGAAAAUUAGUCCUUAGGAGCCCUUUCUCUCGCUCUCUCUCAUUUUCUUGCCCCCUCUUAUUGUGUCUCUCCUAAAUAAGCUUUACAAGUGCAUAGCUUACUGGAGCAGGUACAUCGGGGAGAGCACUCAAGCUAGUUUAGAGUCUAACAAUGCUAAUCAUUUCUCUGGUUUGUGUGUCAAGGGGGCAAUUGGUAGUAGAGGCUUGUUGAGUGCAGGGAGGUCUUGAGGUGAGGAUAGUGUUGGAUAGGGUAUGUGCCUUGCAUGAUGACUUCAACUGACCUGUAUAGAUGCAUAAUAAUGAUAUGAGGGGAAGCAAAGGUCAGACCAGCCCUGGUUUCUGGAUCUCAGUAGACCACAGUUGGACCGCAGGCAUUCAGAACCACACAUAGUGCUGGGUGGGACGAAGCCUGGUCCCCUCCACCCCAGUUGGUCAACACACACACACACACACACACACACACACACACACACACACACACACACAGGGGCUAGUCCACUCUGACAGGCCUAACCUAACCUAGGAGACUGGCUAGCCCUGACUGACAUCCUGACUAACACUGUAGACAUUGAUACUGACUCCUACUGGAAGACAUAUGCAGAAGUCUUUACUGUAGGGCCUGGUCAGUGUGGACAGCACUUUCUCUGUGUGCAUUCUGUAAAGUGAGUUGGUUGACCGUAAGAACCUCUGACCCACUCCCUCAGCACCCAGACUGACCAGAAUCAUCUGCCCUUUUUAACUACUUGAAUGUUAACCAACUCAAGGAAUAACAAACUAAAGAUGAUGGGAGCAUUAUCUCGCGUCAAAGCCAGACUCUAUGGUAGUGAAACAAUCACCAACCUUGUGAAUAUACUAAGAACGAAAAAUAUUAACAGAAAAUAAAUAACUUAAAACAAUUUUAUAUACUGAACAAAAAUAUAAAACGCUACAAUUUCACUGAGUUUACAGUUCGUAUAAGGAAAUCAGUCAAUUUAAAUAAAUAAAUUAGGCCCUAAAUCUAUGGAUUACACAUGACUGGGCAGAGGGCGCAGCCAAUCAGAAUGGGUGAUUCCCCACAAAAGGGCAUUAAUACCCCUCAGUUUCAUCAGCUGUCUGGGUGGCUGGUCUCAGACGAUCCCGCAGGGGAGGAAGCCGGAUGUGGAGGUCCUGGGCUGGUGUGGUUACACAGGGCUGGUUGGACGUACUGCCAAAUUCUCUAAAACGACGUUGGAGGCGGCUUAUGUUAGAGAAAUGAACAUUCAAUUCUCUGAACACCUCUGGUGGACAUUCUUGCAGUCAGUAUGCCAAUUGCACACUCCCUUAACUUGAGACAUCUGUGGCAUUGUGUUGGCAAAUUAGAAAUGCUCACUAACAGGGACGUAAACAAAAUUGUGCACAACAUUUGAGAGAAAUAAGCUUUUUGUGCAUAUGGAAGAUUUCUGGGAUCUUUUAUUUCAGCUCAUGAAACAUGGGACCAACACUUUACAUGUUGCAUUUAUAUUUUUGUUCAGUAUAAUAAUGAUAUUAAAUGGUGUAUAUAUAUUAAUGUCUU